AUGUAUAACGGCGUGGGUCUGCAGACAGCCCGCGGGUCGGGAACGAACGGCUACAUCCAGCGGAACUAUUCCUUUCUGCGGCAGCGCCGAACGGAUUUGGCGCGGCCGGGGGAGACGCUAAAGCCGAUCGUGGGGAGGAAGCCCAAGACGGCCCUGGAGCCCGAUGCGAGUCUACUUCUGCACGACGAGAAGAGGAAAGUCGAGGUGAGGCUGAUCGAGGAGCGGCAGGCGCUGCUUGACGAAGGCAAGGACCCGCAUGUCAUCGAGAAGAUCAUCAAAGGCAUGCGGAGUCGCAUGCUGAAGGACGCCGAACUCGCCUUCAGCCUCAAGCACGACGGCGUGCACUCCAGUCAGGGCCUCUUCGGCGCCUCGACCUUCGUGCGGGCGAGCGGAAAGGGCGGAAGACCUCUGCAGGCAGGCCGUGACGGCGCGCUCGGCGCGGGCGCCUCGUCGCACGCGGUCGCCGCGAAGAAGCAGGCGCAGAUGACAACGGUCGCCGGCGCACUCAACAUUGACGCGAGUCGCCACGAGGUGGGCCUCGCCUUCGAUUUCAAGAAGCAGAAGGAACUGAAGGUGGCGCGGCAGAUGGAGUGGGAAGAGCGGCGCCGCAAGAUGGUGGAGGAGCGGCGUGACUUCCUCCUACAGGCCCGGAAGAAGCGAAAGGAGGAGAGAAAGAAGAGAAGAAAGCUGGAGAUGCAGCAGAAAGAGGAGGAAAAAAGAAGAAAACGAGGCGUGAAAAAGGAAAACCGCGACGACUCCUCCUCAGACUCGAGCAGCAGCGACAGCAGCUCGUCCUCUUCUUCCUCCUCGUCCUCUUCUUCGUCCUCAUCUUCUUCGUCCUCAUCUUCAACCUCGGAGGAUGAGGGACACAAACGGCACAAGAAGCAAAAUGCCGUGAAGAAGCAGGUCAAGGUAGAGGAAGGCGAAGAGCGAGAAGACGAGACGCGUAGGGGCAAGGAGGAGAGGAGGGAGAGAGACGGCCGCAUGGAAGAGAGAACAGACCUGCGCGAUCUGAAACGCGAGGAAGAAGACAUACGAGACGAUCGCGCUGGAAGAGACUAUGAUAGCGAGAGAGACACAGUCAGAAACAGAAGGGAGGAAGAAAUCGCGCGGGAGAGGAGAAGAAGAGACAGGGGAGACGAAGAGGAUGGCGCCCGGGAGAGGAGGCGAAGAUACAGAAGAGGCGAAGUGGACGAGGACCAGGAGAGGAGAAGAAGAGACAGGGGAGACGAAGAGGAUGGCGACCGGGAGAGGAGGCGAAGAGACAGAAGAGGCGAAGUGGACGAGGACCAGGAGAGGAGAAGAAGAGACAGGGGAGACGAAGAGGAUGGCGCCCGGGAGAGGAGGCGAAGAUACAGAAGAGGCGAAGUGGACGAGGACCAGGAGAGGAGAAGAAGAGACAGGGGAGACGAAGAGGAUGGCGACCGGGAGAGGAGGCGAAGAGACAGAAGAGGCGAAGUGGACGAGGACCAGGAGAGGAGAAGAAGAGACAGGGGAGACGAAGAGGAUGGCGCCCGGGAGAGGAGGCGAAGAGACAGAAGAGGCGAAGUGGACGAGGACCAGGAGAGGAGAAGAAGAGACAGGGGAGACGAAGAGGAUGGCGACCGGGAGAGGAGGCGAAGAGACAGAAGAGGCGAAGUGGACGAGGACCAGGAGAGGAGAAGAAGAGACAGGGGAGACGAAGAGGAUGGCGACCGGGAGAGGAGGCGAAGAUACAGAAGAGGCGAAGUGGACGAGGACCAGGAGAGGAGAAGUAGAGACAGGGGAGACGAGGAGGAUGGCGACCGGGAGAGGAGGCGAAGAGACAGAAGAGGCGAAGUGGACGAGGAUCAGGAGAUGAGAAAAAGAGACGAAAGAGGAGAAGAGGACGAGAAUCAGGAGAGGAGGAGAAGAGACAGAAGAGACGAUGCCGAAAGAGAUCGGGGAAGGAGAAGAGAAAGAAGAGAGGAAGAUGAAGGCGAGCGGAAGAGCGAGAGAGGGAGACGCCGCGGAGGCUCUGAGGAUCGGGAGGAGAGGGAGCAGGCGGCUGUAAAGAGAGAAGGGCGCGAGAGAGAACGCGAGGGCGGUGACGGAGGAGACGAGACGCGCGAGAGAGGCAGAGAGAGCAGAGACGUCCGGCGCGGAAAAGACGAGAGACAAGCGAGCCCGGAGCGGCGCUGGGAGAGACACCGAGGAGAUUCUGAAGACGCGGCUAGUCGCCGCUCGCCCGACACCGCCGGUGAGCGCCGAGGAAGCCGAAUGGAGAGGGAGGGUCGGUCUGAUGGGCAGAGAAGAGAGGAAGAGAGAGACAGAAGGAGACGGAGAGCGGACUGCGAGAAGCGCGAUGGAGAUGCUGAGGAGCCCAGAGGUCCUCGAGCGCGGACAGAGCGGAGCGGCGAGGAGAGUGAGGCGGCAGCCCCGCGUCUCCUGCCCGUCAAGCGCGAGCCCGAGGAGGAAUCCGAUGACCGGAAGAGGAGACGAGAGCGAGACGACGUGUCACCCGUGCGCGGCGAAGGACGAAAGAAAGCGCGAGCGGAAGACGGGGACGCAUCCAGGUCGGCGUCCGAGCAUGCAGAGUAG